AUGGUGGCGAUCCGGGGGAAGAAGACCAAGGCUUCGGCCAAGCCCAAGGCGGCGGCGGUGGACAAGGCCGCGUCCAAGGCCAAGGUGCCCGCCUCCAAGGAGGCCGAGGCCGCGGCGGUCACGCGGCUCACGCCGCAGCAGCAGCUCUCGCGUCGCCGCGAGCAGGAAUACCUGGAGCUCGUCCGCUUCGCGCUGCACAGCAACCUCGCCCGUGGCGAGGCCGGCAGCGCGCUGGCCGCGGGGCAGUCGGUCUCCAGCGUGUGUAACGCACUGAUCACGUCGCUCUGCGCGUCUGCGAAGGAGAAGGCGCUCGCGCCCGCGCAGAUUCUGGCCAAGCUGCCGCGCACCGAGCGCAAGCGCAUAUGCGGUGCCAUCUUCUCGGCCGACGAGAUCGCCUACAGCUGCCGCAACUGCCAGUUGGACACCACGUGCGUCAUGUGCAAGGACUGCUUUACGCACAGCGACCACGCGGGCCACGACGUGUAUUUCCAGAGAACGACGGCGGGCAGUUCCUGCGACUGCGGAGAUUUACAUGCGUGGAAGCGGAGUGGAUUCUGCUCAAACCACAAAGGAGCGGAAGGAUCCGAAGGCGGAGCAAAGAAGCAAAAGUUGCCCAAACAUAUUGGAUUGACAGCGCCGGUGGUGAUCGAUGCAGUUGUGGAGCACAUUUACCAGGUGUUAUUGGGAGUGGAUUAUGGAUUCGAGCUGGCGGAGGCGCUUGAGUUGUUUACGAGAGAUCUUCCGCCUAAAUUUCUACCGAUCCAGAGCGAUACCGAUGUGGCAGACGCUUCAGCUGCUGCAGGCUCGAGCCGAGCGGUGUCGACGCGGUCUACCCGACUUUCAGCGCAGUUUACCGCUGAUCCUGGCGCAAGAACAAAUGGACCGGGCGGACGGCUUGAGGCGCAGCCUAAAGAAGUGAAGCGCGAGUCGAUCCUUUCAGACAACGGCUCGACUACCGGUGUGCAAUUUGGAAUUCGCUUGCACAAUGACGAUGUGCACUCGUUGAAUGAAGUGAUCAACCAUCUUUACGUGGAGUUGGGGAUGUCGAAGCCUCAAGCGCGCACAGUAGUUCACCAAGUGGACAGUCAGGGCGAUGCAACGAUCUCAACUAAGCCGUUGCUGUUGUGUCCGGCAGUUGUUGGAAAUCUGGUUCGUCGCUCGCUGAACAUUUCGGUGGCACCGACGUGGUGGGAAAAACAGAUGGAAGGAGUGCCUGCCCUUUUGGAGUGGCUACAGUUUGUCAGCACCACCUCGGAUGGUCUCAGUGAACUAGUGUCUGAAGCGUUGCAAAAGCAGCGGUCGCCAGAUCUCAGAGGAUUUCUUCCUGUUUCGCACAAUUUGGCAAAAGGCAAGACGGUACAAGAAUUUGUGAAGGAGCGCAGCAUUCGUUUGCACAAUCAUGCCUUAGAUGUGCUCGUUGCGCUGAUCGCAGGAGAUAAAGACGUCUUUACGUGGGCAUCUGAACAGGAAACGGCACAGCGACAGCGUUUCGAUUUCAGAGCAGAAGGUGUCCAAACUGCAGUAGCAUCUGCAGGAUUCCUGGCGGAAGGGAACCGGGUUAGCUGCAAGAACGUAUUUAUUGAAGAGUUUGUCAAGGGUGUGUCGCUGAGCCCCUCAUAUCGCCGACAUGACAAUGUUCGAAAAAGUUUCGAUGCCGUUGUGUCGAAGUACUUCACUGCCGAAGGGGUGCAAACGUCUGAAAGUUUUUCGGCAACUUCUUCGGCUCUGGCGUUGCUGAUGCGAUACGACUGUACGUUGCGGAAGAACGUGGUGGAAAAAUCGCAUUCGUUUUUGCGUGAGCACUUGGUCGACAUUCAAUUUCGGGCGAGCAUGUUGGAAGCAUACUUGCGAUCAUACGCCUCGAUGACGAGCAUGUUCUUGCGCGGUUUGGGCAACUCGAGUGAAUCGAUUUUUGAUUUUGCUGUGCAGUUCCUGACAGUGCCUCAUCUAGUACAGAACUACACAAAGAAAGAGGUCUCGAAGCACCCUGGGCGACUGGAACUCGUUCGCGAAUUGCUCUGUGCUCUGAACACGGUAUUUCAGUCGGCCGUCAACGAGAAAGACAAGAUCCUAAACGCGGAUCACCCUGCGUUAAGCAGUCAGAAGUACAAGCAUUGCAUCGAAAAUAUGGAAUACGUGUUCAAUAUCGGUACGCUUUCGAGCGAGCUGGUCUGCAAUGAGGACAAUUUGAAGGUUUGGCUGUCGUGUCUGAGUAUUUUACAGGGCGGUGAUCCUCAAGUCCGUCGAGGUAUCAACCAGAAUCACGUGGAAUACGAGUCCGACAGCUGGUUGGCGAUGUUUAACCUUGGUAUCCGCGUCCACUCAGUGUUUGCUAUUUCCUGGAACGGCUAUAAGCCGUCAGAGUUUGAAUGCCCCGAAGCGAAGAUAUCAGAGACCUUUGGCCCGAUUAUUGACGCUACCCUCUCUUCCUCAGCUCACCUGAAUGAAAAGGUGAAAAAGAAGAAACUGGUUUCUGUGGCAAAGCUUGCGUCUGGAAGCAAACGGGGUGCUGGGGGUCGCGAAAAGUCCAUUGUGACGUACGACUUCAACGUUGCAUCUCAGCCUACUUCUCUCCACAUCCCUUUGCACCGUUUCCUGACCGCUGCAGUUCGACAUAUCUGCAUCAGCCCAACUGGUUUAGGGAGCUCGAUUCCAGCAGAUGGUCUCUUGAGGGUGUUUGGAUUUGAUAAGUUGCCGGCUGACAAGCAGUGGGAGCUUGUGGAUAUGCCUCUCCGUUGCCUGGUGAUGGCAUCUCAAAUUCACUCCAACCUGUGGCGCCGAAAUGGAGAUGAAAAUAUGCUGGCACAAUUGUACAACUACUCGGCGCUACCGUAUUGUAUUCAUUACCGCGACGCAGAUACGCUCAUGCUGCAGCUCGGUGUCCUCAUGACGGGUCCAGACGCGCUCUUGUCUCGAAUGGUGGAUCGAUUUCAACUGGGCAGUUUUUUCGUCUUGACCGAUGGAAGUGGUGCUGCAGCUUCCAACGAUGCCACGAGUGGAUCUGACGACUUGGCGAAACAAUUUGGAUAUUCGCCGCUGGAACAAGGUAUCGACGAGCAGCAGCGCUUGCAGAUGCUUGAGGAAUUUCUGCGCCUCGUGAUUAUCGUUGGUACCAGUCUCCCGAGCGCUACCGGUGUUGCAUACGACGAUGAGUUUCUUGCGGAAGAAAUGUUGCAGCAAUUGUGCGCGAAAUCACUCCCUUUCAGCAAACUGUUUGACCUUGCUAUCCUCCCGUCAGGACAAGAUGAUAUUCCUACAGCGCGACUUGAAGGAGUUCUUCAGAAGGUGUCCAAUUUUGUCGCGCCGUCGGGAAUGGAACCGGGUCGGUACGAAUUAAAGGAGGGUUUAUUGGAGAGGUACAAUCCUUAUUUCCUCCACCUGAAUCGUGAAGCACACGAGUUAGCUCGUGAUCGUUGGACAACCCAUCGCAACGCAUGUCGCCAAAAAGCCAAGAAGUCUAACCCCGAUGCCCCUCCGAAGGAACCGUUGAAGGCCGCCAGAGCUCCAGUUGAGUUUCUUCGUCCAGUUCAAACAAUUUUGACUUGUGAAAGCGCUGUUGCAAUUCUUCAGGUGAUUCUUUGGAAGGUAAUUUCUUCGGCCCACACUUCAGCGACGUCGGGCUCGGAGGAUAGCGUAUCGGACGCCGUGAUUUCGACCUGCUUGCACUUGCUGGUGCAUGGUGUUCACACGGCCUCGGAAUCAGCAGACCGCCGCUUUUGGACGCGCUUGAGCAAACCGAAUACGGCCACUUCUAAGCUGUCGGUGCUGAAUCUUCUGAGUCAGCUGCUAGCCCAAGCGGCAACAUUGCUCGACAGCGAACAGACCGGGACGGUGGAGUGGCUCAUUUGGAAAAUUACUACAGAAUCGCCCGCCUGUAGAAAAGUGUUCGAGCAGCUAGCAAACGACGCAAAAGCGAAGGAAAAGAAACCGGAAGUGUCUCCAUCGAUAGUGGGUAGCACUACACAAGGCGGCAACUCUCCACCGAUGACCUUGGAACAGCGCAAAAUGGAAGCAAGAAAGAGAGCAAUGGCUGCGAUGGCGAAACGCCAGGCUGCGUUCCAGGCAAUGCGCCAAAAGGUGGAUACUGAGCCCUGCUACAACUGCAUUCUCUGCCAUGACAGUUCGUCACAGGGUCAAAUGGGAGUGGCGGCCUACGUCCACCAGUCGACUGUUCUCGCUCCUGGAUUUAGACCUGAACCCCACGAAGCACUGGGUCCAGAGGGUAAGAAGGUGCGUAGUCACGUGAAGAAAGUCAUCGAGAAGAUGGAGUUGUGCUCUGGUGGAAGCUCGACGCCGUCUGAUACGGCGAACUCUCCAUCCCCUACUCUGCGUGCAUUCGCUACUUCUUUUCCCGAAUGGUACAUGGAUGGAUCGUUGGAGGACCAGCUUACUCGUGAUAACACGGCGCAGAAUAGCCCGCGCCCACCAGUGGCUCGUCGCCAAAACAACGACCGCAUUCGGUUCGGAAAUGGUCCUGUAAUUGAAGGUGAGCUUCUGCAAACUGAUGAUGAAUUGGAGGUUCUCGAAAGCGUCAUGGAUCUUCGCGAGGACCAACAGCUUUUUCCAAUGGACAUGCGUGGUGCUGUAAGCUUGGACCUUCGUGGAGAUCGUGUGGAACCUCGCAGAUUGGGUGGUCGCGAAGUAGCUGGAGGUGCUGCUGCGCGUCGCCAAGGAGCACCGAUGGAUGACAGUGACGACGAUGAUGAGUUUUCAUCGCGUUUCCGUUUGGAACGCAUGCCUCCCGGCUUUGGUCGCCCUCACGAAAGUGCUAAACUCUAUCUCACUCCUUGUGGUCUACAUGUCCGAACGUGCCAACAUGCAGUCCACAUCCACUGCCUCGAGCGGUACAUCACGUCCUUGCAUGAUAAGGCCAUGCGUGGUGAAGAGUUUGAUGGUGUUCAAGCGAUAGAUCCGGAUUCGGCAAUGACGCAGUUCCUCUGCCCGCUGUGCAAAACGUUGAGCAAUUUCCUGAUCCCUACCUCCGAGCCCCGAAUCUCGAUUGUAAAGGAGAACGAGCAUGACCGUAAACGCUCUGCAGUUGCGUCCGGAGACGAGGAAACGAAGUCUCGAACAUGGGACACAAUUGUGGAGGAGCAAUUGUCGAUGCCGGGGUGGUAUCGUUCGGUGCUUGGGCGCGAUGGAGGAUUUGAAGACGACGAAAAUGAAACUGAGCAUGAUUUGUGGCGGGAUUACUUCGAGGAGACGCUUUGGGAGCCUCAUGGUAGCCUUGAGAAGGGCGCACCUUUCUUAUGGUCCGCGUGUGCUUUCACGUUGGCAUCUUUCUUAACUGUUGCUGAUGACGAACAUCGCAGUGCAUCUGGGUCGCCUGCUCCGUUCGAUCCGCUUGCGGAUCCCUGUCCACCGUCUCUGGAGAAGGAGAUGGAGUCGCUAAUAGCAGUCACGAAGUUCUGCCGAUGGACAUUUUCCCUUUUGGAGCACAGUGCCGACGCAAAGGUCAUCUGGGAGACAGCUAAACGCUGUUGCCCGAUCAACACUGAAACCAAGCGCGACUACCGCAAGUUCACAAAGGUCCUCGGCUCUAUUGAUGCUUGCCUUCGGGGUACGAUCCUGGGCUUGCUAGUAGCGGACACAUUCACGGCUUUCGUCGUUGCUUGCGUGAUCGCAGACGAGCUCGAGACUAUUUGGCAGUUUAUCCCGGUUUUUACCGCAGCAGAUCUGUUGCAACGACUUCAUGCCGAGUUCUUCGAGCCUAGCAAGUCACAGGGCACAUCACUGUUUCAAGACAAGUUCUCCGUUGUUGAAGCAAGUGAGAUUGAGAUGGCUUCUCAAGCAGCAGAAGGUGCUGAUGAGAGUAUGACUUCGCGACGAACCCGCAGUGGGCGUGCAAUCAGCCAUGUGGCAUCAACUCGACGUGCUACGACUGCUUCUGGCUCCGUACAGCAACUCAUGAAAGCGAUGGAAGCUGCCGGAGAUAGCGGCUCUGAAGCGUACGCUGUGUUACAGCUUCUGCUGCGAAUGGCUAAGGCGUUUCCUUCCGAGAAGCUGAAGCCACUCAGUUCUGCAGGCGAUAUCAAUAUGCGGCUGAAGCGCAUUUUGACACCGAAUGCGGCGUUUGUUCGGCGCAUGAAACUUUUCUGGCGCUGCCUUGCGGAUAAGGAGGCUAACGAUCCGGCAAACGCUAGGACAAUGCAGAUCCCCACCUUGGUCGAUAUUGCCCACAGUUCGGAUGCUACAUUCGACCAAAUCUGGCAAUGGUGUAUGGACCGCAUGCUCAGCAAGACACAUUUGGGCAGCUCGAAGGUCGGCGACAAGUGCGAACACACAGAAGGUUGCAGCGAGGCUUAUGUGGCGAGUAUGUUCAUCCUUCGCGAAGUGCCAUCACGACCACGCCUGAUUGACUUGCCUAUCCAGUACGACGAGCUCUACAGCGAAAUGGCAGGGCGGAAGUGUACAAGGUGCGACAAGUCUCCUUGUGACCCAGGCCUCUGUUUGAUUUGCGGUGAAUUUCUGUGCUGUGGAGACUCGUGUUGCACUCGUGCCUUCAUGCCACACGGCCCGCCUGUAGGCGAGUGCACCCGGCACGCUGCAGAAUGUGGAGGAGGAGUCGGCAUUGUGCUUUUGCUCGAGCAGUGCCGCAUCGCGGUUGUGGGCGGCAGCAUGGCAGCCUACUUCCCAAGCCCAUACGUAGAUACGCAUGGUGAAGAAGACAUUGGCCUCCAACGUGGCCGGCCGCUCCGUCUCGAUGUGGCUCGCUACCGGUAUCUGGAGUCGCUUUGGCUGAAUCACCGCAUCUUUACUGAGGUAUCGCGCCAGCGCAACCAGCGAGACCCGCAGUACACGAUCAACCUGUCGUAUCUGUAG